UUCAGUUCGCAGCGUGAUGUUCUGAACCAAAUUAUCACUGCUGUUUGCUUGCCUUAAAACUCCUGACUGCAAACUGCAGCCAUUCAUCAUCUGAUUGAUGAGCAGCAGCGUGGGAGGCUGGGGUGGUAACCUCCUCGGGUCCAUAGAGCUCUGCACCUUGCUGGUGGAUGGGAGCCUUGAUGGAGCCAGACUGCCGCUGGCUGAAUAGACAGGGAAGGAUGCCGCAAACACCUCCCUUUGCAGCUAUGUUUGACAGCAGCGGCUACAACAGGAACCUGUAUCAGUCAAAAGAGGGCAACUGUGGCGGCCUCUAUUACCAUGACAACAACCUCCUGUCAGGGUCUCUGGAAGCUCUGAUCCAGCACUUGGUACCAAAUGUAGAUUACUAUCCUGACAGGACAUACAUCUUCACCUUCCUUCUUAGUUCACGCUUGUUCAUGCAUCCGUAUGAGCUCAUGGCCAAAGUCUGCCAUCUGUGCAUUGAGCAGCAGAGACUAAGUGAACCUGGGCUGGACAAGAACCAGAUACAAAAAAUUGCACCCAAAAUCCUACAGUUGUUGACUGAAUGGACAGAGACGUUUCCUUAUGAUUUCCGAGAUGAAAGAAUGAUGAGGAACUUAAAGGACUUGGCACAAAGAAUAGCCAGCGGUGAUGAGAUGUAUCGGAAGAACGUACAGCAGCUCCUCCAGAACCUGAUUCGGAAGCUUGCCACUGUUAGCCAGUAUGAGGAAGUACUUGCAAAAAUUAAUGCUACAUCCACAGAUCGUCUCAUGAUUAUAAAGACCAAGCCCCAGUCCAUUGAGAGGGACAUAAUCACAGUCUGCAAUGAUCCCUAUGUGUUAGCUCAGCAGCUGACACACAUAGAGCUUGAGAGACUCAAUUAUAUUGGGCCAGAAGAAUUUGUCCAGGCGUUUGUGCAAAAGGAUCCUUUGGAUAAUGACAAGAGCUGCUAUGGAGAUCGAAAGAAGACCCGGAAUCUGGAAGCCUAUGUGGAAUGGUUUAACAGGCUCAGUUACUUGGUUGCAACAGAAAUCUGUAUGCCUGUGAAGAAGAAGCACAGAGCAAGAGUGAUAGAAUAUUUCAUUGAUGUGGCACGGGAAUGCUUUAACAUUGGCAACUUUAACUCCUUAAUGGCUAUUAUUUCUGGCAUGAACAUGAGUCCUGUGUCUCGGUUAAAGAAAACUUGGGCAAAAGUGAAGACAGCUAAAUUCGAUAUUCUUGAGCAUCAGAUGGACCCUUCUAGCAAUUUUUACAAUUACCGAACCGCUCUGCGUGGAGCCACUCAAAGGUCCUUGACAGCUCACAGCAGCAGAGAGAAGAUUGUAAUACCUUUCUUCAGCCUUUUGAUCAAAGAUAUUUACUUCCUCAACGAGGGCUGUGCCAAUCGUCUUCCAAAUGGUCAUAUCAAUUUUGAAAAAUUUUGGGAACUGGCAAAACAAGUCAGUGAAUUCAUGACAUGGAAGCAAGUGGAGUGUCCGUUUGAAAGGGAUCGGAAGAUUCUGCAGUACUUGCUCACUGUCCCAGUCUUCAGUGAUGAUGCACUUUACUUGGCUUCCUAUGAGAGUGAAAGUCCUGAGAAUCACAUUGAGAAGGACAGAUGGAAGACACUAAGGUCAUCACUUCUGGGCAGAGUAUAGCACACAAGAUGGCCUGUUGCUACCGCUCUUGCUGCAUUAUGUGGAUUACCAAUGGGCAUGGCUUGGUUUAAUUUUCUGUACACCGGCACAGGGUUCAAAGUGAUAAAAAAUGUGCAGUCAGUUGCGAUAUUGUGUCAGCAAAGAUGAAACAAGUUAACUCAAUAACAAGCAGGCAGCUUCUCACAUCUGACAGAGGAGAUAAAGUCAUAGCCCGCUUGGCUGUGAUUCAGGCUUAAGUAUCGAUUGAGGACAGGGCUGACGGAAACCUUUGAAUAGCUCAGAUGCCGCCUAUGAAUCAUUUCACACCUGGAUGGAGUAUUUUCCCCCUUCCUUUUCCUUCAGCUUGCUGCUACAAGGACUCUGAAGAGUUGAUGGUAGAUUAUGGAGGAGGUAAAAAUCACCCCUUUCAGUGAAACCCAAGUCUGCAUUGAAGAACUUCAACUCCCAAUAAGCUGAAUAUAGCCAUGAACUUUGCCUGAUCAGGACUGCUAAAAAGGGGAAGGAUUGAAUGCAACAAAUUGGCUGCUGGGGAGAGUUUCUUCCCACCACUGUAAUGGUAGCUGUGUUUUUUCUCUUUUUCUGUUGUUUUGAGUUGGCUGCUGGUAGGCAAACUCAUUAUUAUAAGUUAUUUAAAAAUAUAAAUAAUAAAAAUCAAGACUGGUAGAAAACAUACCUGCUACAAAAUAUAGUAGCUAUGUAGCUUGAACUACUUUACAACUUUUAGUGAGGGGUUUUGUUUCUUUCGGUUGGUUACAACUAACCACUACAUGCUACAGACAUUCUUAUUUUUAUUAGGUGGUUUUGCUACUCUAGUUUUCCGUACUUUACCUUCUUCUUGUAUUAGGCUGAACAGGCUGACUUUUCUAGAAUAGUUUUUGAGAAAAUGGUGUAUAAACUGUGUUGAAAUUUGAAAGUAUGUUUCUAUUAAGUAAUUUUUAUAACUGCUUUUUUCGAAAGGGUAACAAUGGAGAACACAAUCCACUUUGACUGAAAUAGCAAGAUGCCAAAAAGAAAAAGAUGAGGCUUCUUCUCAGCUACAGCUGUGAACAAAAGUCUCCCUGUGUGUUUGCUUUAUGGAUUAUGUUUAUAACUGUGAAGUAGUUCACUGUGUUACACACCUAAUGAGUUUGUGGUAGCUCCAAAUACUUAGUCACUCUAUUUAUCUUAAGAAAAACCCAAUAGGAAAAAAAGAAACUGUAGCUAUAAAUCACUGUGGACACAAAAUCACUAAGCAAAAGCACAUACUUGGCAACAAAGGUAUUUGCAAUUAUCGUGGCACUGUUAUUAAAAAAAAAAAAAAAAGAAAUAAGAAUAAAUAUAUCUAUUUGUUGCACUGCA